CCAUAUUCCAUCAUCGCGACCCUCUUCUUCCGUUCUUCGCCUUCGGCAUAGGGUUUUGUAGGGGUGAUUUGAAGUUAAAUAGUUUUAAAAAUCAAGAAUUAUGCCACCACUUGUAACCUCAAAUCACCACCACAACAACCACCGACCUGAAUUAGGAUCGAAAUCCAGACCGGAAUCUAACGUAAUCUCUGUCAACGUUGGCGGCCAAAUCUUCCAAACCAACAAGCAAACCCUAACCCUAGCCGGCCCCAAAUCGAUACUUUUCCAGCUCGCCACUGAUUCCGCCCAGCGAUUCCUCGAUCGUGACCCUGAGUUGUUUGGCAUCCUCCUCUCUCUUCUGAGAACUGGGAAUCUUCCGUCCAAAGCCAAAUCGUUCGAUAUCCAAGACAUCAUUGCAGAGUCCAGAUUCUAUGACCUCGAGUCGAUUUUGGUGAAUUCGUUGUCCAACCCCUCUCAGUUUGAGGCCUUUGGCCUUGAAAAAUCUUUGAUUUUGCCCCUAAACGGCCGGGAUUCUCCUUCUGCUAUAGCCACGACGCCGUUUGGGACCGUACAUGUCGCUCAUGGUAGCAAGAUUACGUCCUUCGACUGGUCGUUGAGGCGGAAGUCGACGAUUUUGACCCAGUUUACCGCCGUUGAUUCCCUCUUCGCAAUUUCACCGGAUUUGGCUGCCGCCGGGGCCACCGAUUUCUCUGGUCUGCAGAUUAUCGAUCUUGCAAAGGGUUUUGUUAGAGAGACCUUGAAUUGGGAGAAUGUUACUAAAUCGAGUUCCACGGUUCAAGCCAUUGGUUCCUCACCAGACUCGUUGUUCGCGAGCUUUGAGUCCGGUAGGCGAAACUCCAAUUCCAUUAUGGUUUAUGAUUUGCAUAGCUUGUUGCCAGUUACUGAGAUUGGUCAUUAUGAGAUUUAUGGAGCCGAUUUAGACUCAGCAAUACCCGCCACGAAACUGAGCUGGGUUUCAGGGUUUAACUUGCUGAUGUCAGCUGGUUCACAUAGUGGGCCAUCUGGUGUCUCCGGUAACAUCAAAUUGUGGGAUAUUAGGACAGGGCGUGAAGUUUGGGAGUGGAAAGAGAAGGUGGAUUGUUUUGCUGAUGUUACAGUGUCUGAUAACUUGUCAGGCUUGUUUAAAAUUGGGGUCAAUUCAGGGGAGGUAUUUUAUUCGGAUUUGAGGAAAUUGGAUGGAGAGGAUGGGUGUCCAUGGCAUUGUCUUGGUGAUCGGAGGAAAGUGCUGAAUGGGAAGAAAGAGGGUUUUGGAUGCAAGAUCGAAGGUCAUGGAAAUCAAGUGUUUUGUGGCAGAGGAGGGGAUAUAGAGAUGUGGUCUGAGGUGGUGAUGAGCUCAACUAGAAGUAGCUCAGUAGGGUUUGGGGAUAGGGUUUUUAGGAAGAAUUUGAUGGGGAGAGUGAAGGAUAUGGAAGGAUCAAAGAUAACCAAUAUGGCUUUUGGAGGGAACAAAAUGUUUGUGACUCGCAAGGAUCAACAGUAUGUUGAAGCUUGGCUAAGUUCCAGUAGAGGAUUAUGAUCUCAGAAUGGGUUUGUUAGUUGGAAUUUGUAUACAGAAGUUUACUAGCUAAUAUUUAUUCUUUGCAAACAAUCAGCAAAUUUUGUCUUAUAAUAAUGAUAGAACAUAGAUUUGAUUUAAUUGUAAAGUGCCCUUGUAUUCUGUUGUGUUUAUGAAAAUAAGUUGUUGAAGGUUAGCUACUUGUUUCAAAGCUGUGUAGAAGAUUUCCAUUUUA